AAUUAAUUAAUUAAUGGGGGCAGUGACGUCGUCGAUGGCCGCCAAGUUCGCCUUCUUUCCGCCCAAUCCGGCGUCUUAUCGGGUGGGGGUCGACGAACUCACGGGGAACCCUAAGAUGACCGGUUUGAACACCAGGGAAAACGUCGAUGUUUUGAAGCUCUGCACUAAGAGAGGAAACAGCAUCGUCGCCAUGUACAUCAGAAACCCUUCCGCUUCGUUGACCAUCCUCUAUUCUCACGGUAACGCCGCCGAUCUGGGUCAGAUGUACGAGUUGUUCUCCGAACUCAGUCUUCACCUCCGAGUCAACCUCUUCGGUUAUGACUAUUCUGGCUAUGGACAAUCCUCUGGGAAGCCUAGUGAGCAGAACACAUAUGCAGAUAUAGAAGCUGCAUAUAAAUGUCUGGUAGAAAUGUAUGGAGCAAAAGAGGAAGAUAUUAUUCUGUAUGGACAAUCUGUUGGCAGUGGACCCACUACAGAUUUGGCUACUCGUUUACCAAACCUGAGGGCUGUGAUUCUCCACAGUCCCAUCUUAUCUGGUCUUCGGGUCAUGUAUCCUGUGAAGCGGACAUACUGGUUUGACAUUUAUAAGAACAUUGAUAAAAUUCCCUUGGUCAAUUGUCCAGUUCUGAUAAUUCAUGGAACAGCUGAUGAUGUAGUAGAUUGCUCCCAUGGCAAGCAACUUUGGGAACAUUGCAAACAAAAGUAUGAACCCCUAUGGGUUAAAGGAGGAAAUCAUUGUAACCUGGAGCUAUACCCUCAAUAUAUAAAGCACCUCAAAAAAUUUAUUGCAGCUAUUGAGAAGUCAUCGCAUCAAAAAACUGGAUAUGGACAUGUUCCUGAUCAACUGGACAAACCACGGAGUAGCUCGGAUUUUAGAGAGAAACCUAGACCCAGCAUGGAUUUAAGGGAGAAUUUGAGACGUAGCAUUGACUUGAAGGAAAAGCCUAGGGCUAGUACAGACCAUAAAGAAAAAUCAAGAGCUGGCACAGAAAGGAAAGAUAAAUCAAGAAAGAGUAUAGAUCGCCCUGAGAAACCAUAUAAUGGAGCAGACAUUCCUGAGAAAGCUAGAAACAGCAUUGACCGUUUUGGGGAGAUGGUGAGAUCAGUUGGAUUAUGCAAUAUUGAUUGUUUCAGGCCCACGGCAACUCAUGCAUAAAGAUGACAAAGCUUGUAUUCUUAUUGAUUAUUUGAUUGGUUGAUGGGUUGUAUGGGUGAUAGAAAAUGUUCUGUUGUGUCCGAUUUAUUUUCUAAAGUAAUAGAUGAAAAAGUAUUUAACCGGGUAGAUCAUGUGCCAUUAAAUCUUCUAAGUUCAUAAUCUAACCUGUGUCUUUAGCAUGCUAGCAUAGUCCGAGUAAGUGAGUCUAUUUUUUCAGUUUGGUGUUGCUAUAUAAACAACGCUUCACUCGGACAAAAAGUCAAGUUUUGCACUAUUAGAUUUACUUCUGCACUUUUGCAAUGUUACAGCAACAUUUUCCAGCACGAAAACAUAUUUUAUCCAACUGCUCUGCAUUACUGU